AUGGGUGCAGGUGAAGCUGUAGCUGAGGCGGGUAAGGGGUCCAGGGGUGGUGGAGGCGAGUCGGGUGAAGAAUCGAGCGGGUUGGAAGCUGGGGCCGGAGAAGAUAGCUCUGGGACAUCCGAGGGCGGUGAGGCCAGAAGUGGGUUUGGGAGUGCCGGAGGAGGAGAGACGAUUGGCGUGGGGGCGAGGAGGUCUGGUGCUCUGGGUGGGGAAGAGGAUGAGGGUGCGAUGGGUUGGGAAGAGGACGUGGCUGAGACGUCGGGUCAAAGGGAAGAAGAAAGAGGAGGAGAGUCAAAAGUGAGGUCAAGGGAGGAUGUUGGGUCAGACAGGGGAAGAGGGAUUGGGCCGUGGGAAUGGGCCAAAGAGGAGAAAGAAGAAACGGGUGUGGCAGAGGCAUAUGGAAAAAUAGUCUCAUGA